AUGUCGACGGCCGCGCUUGUGCGCGGUUGGUUGCGCCCUUGCCGUGGCCCAUGCAUCACGGCCGAGGAGGCGGUUGUGGAGGGGGCUAGGAGCUGGCGGCGCGGCAAGCGGAGGCUGCAGGCUGGCCGUGGUUGCGAGGAGUGGGGAGCGGCGAUCUCCAGGGCUGCGAGGAGUGGGACGGGAUGCCCCUUGCCGAGGUCGUCGGCCGAGGAGAGACCGAGGGGGGAGCGGAGAGUUCACGAAGAAUCGGGAUAG